AUGACUUCUGACAUCGAUUUUGUUCGGAAGAAGUUAGUCGUAGUCGGCAAUGGUAACGUUGGCAAGACAUCAUUACUUUAUGCAUUUAAAGACAACCGAUUCUGUCAUGAUUAUGUACCAACAUUAUUCGAAGGGAACACGCAUGUCAUUGAAGUUGAUAACAAACGUAUCGAAUUGUUACUAAUCGAUACGGCUGGCCAAGAAGAAUAUGCACGACUCCGUGUUCUCGGCUAUCCAAAUACUCAAGUUGUAUUGAUUUGUUUUGCUUUUGAUUUACCAGAUAGUUUAACAUGUGUGUUAGAUAAAUGGGCACCUGAAAUCAAACAUUAUUGUCACAAUGUGCCGAUACUUUUAAUAGCUAACAAACGUGACCUACGUGACGAUCCUGACGUGCACGAACGCAUACGGAGUCAAAAUCAAAAGCUGAUUACAACGGAAGAUGCGCUUCUAUGUGCGAAGCGAAUCGGUGCGAAGAAUUAUCUCGAAUGUUCAGCGAAAACACGCGAAGGUGUACGAGAAGUAUUUGAAUACGCCGCCAAAAUUGCCCUAGAUAAAAAAUCGCAUCAAAAAUGCUUUUGUCAUUGUGUUUUACUCUGA